GCUCGAUACGGUAGGCAAGAUAGGCCUACCUAAGUGCAUGAAAUUGAGUUCUCUGUUUGUAUUUUGAUUCUUUUCUCAAAAUAAUUCACGCUGCCAUCUUCCUGAGAUACCUCUGCUAUUGUUGCGCUGCAGCGAAUUGUUCAUUUAUAGUUACUUCCAUGGCGUCGAAGAAGAGCGUGUCGUGGCGCUUGCCACCAGACUCUCCAGGCUCGACUCGACUCAAUCUUCCGAAGCAUCGGAGGGCGCCCCGUACUAUUCCCUGGAUUAUAUGUUUCUCUGCCUUUUUUAUUCUUUUCUUCUUUUGCCAAACGCGGUAUGGAGUCGAGUUAUGGAGGGGUCAAUGGAAUCCGCCGAUCGCACAGCCUCCGUUCAGCUGGACGGACCUCUACCCGUCGAAGUCAAUAGAGUGGCGGAGCUGCUUUGAUAGGUUUCAAUGCACCCGGUUGGAUGUUCCACUUGAUUGGGAAGAUGAAUUGGAUAGGCGGAGGGCAGCCAUCGCCAUGAUUAGGCUGCCUGCGAAGGUCCCCCCUGGACAUCCUAGUUAUGGAGGAGCUGUCCUUAUCAAUCCAGGCGGGCCUGGUGGCUCAGGAGUCAAUACGUUGCUUUCGAUAGGACAAGAAAUCCAGACCAUUGUCUCUUCUCCAGACAACCCUCCAGAGCCAUAUGCACGAUAUGCGGAUGGCGUAGAAGACCGGCCUCUUUACUUUGACAUCAUAGGCUUUGAUCCAAGAGGGGUGAACAAUACUGUUCCAACGGCCUCUUGUUUCCCGGACGACCUGAGUCGCCAUAACUGGAACCUCCAAAGUGAAUCCCAGGGUGUCGCCUUGGACAAUUCCUCUUUUGAGAUAGUUUGGGCUCGUACACAAGCUCUCGCGUCUAGCUGCUCCAAGACGAUCUCCGGUAUGGAGCGUGGUAUUGAGGAGGUAGGAAAGUUCAUGAACACCAGAGUGGUCGUCCAUGAUAUGAUCCAGAUGGCCGAGAAGCUGGGCGAGUGGCGCGAAAGGACUGCAAGGGGAAACCUCAACCGAUGGAAAUCGCUAGGAGAUCACCAUCAACGAGCAGUUUUGAAACAGCAAGCCUACCAAAAAGGCGCAGAGAAAGUGCUCUACUGGGGUUUCUCCUACGGCUCGGUGUUAGGAAUGACUUUGGCCACAAUGUACCCUUCGCGCCUUGGUCGUAUUGUCGUGGACGGAGUCUGCGAUGCCGAUGACUACUACCGUGGUGGAUGGAUGUCGAACUUACAGGACACUAACUUUGUUCUCGAUUCAUUUUUCCGACUCUGUAAUGCCGCUGGCAAGAGCUGCGUGAUACAUGAUGAAUCUGACCCCUUGGCUGCUCAGCGAAUUUUCAGCGACGUGACGGACUUCCUGAAACUCACACCCCUUCCUGUACCAGGUGAUGGGGCCUUUGCUCCAGAUGUGAUCACCCUUUCAGAUCUCCUCGAAGUCGUCAAAGAUGGCCUCUACAACCCUCAAUUUUUCCCCGUCGUCGCUGAGGUCAUUGCAGCGCUGCAUGCCCGGGACGGCAGAAAGCUGGCCGCGCGCAAGCAAGGCAAUCGGCCCACGUCGACGGCUUUUUGUCGCGGCACGGACUGCCAGAAAAAAGGACCGUGGUCUGAAGAUUGCCACGAUCCAAGCUUUGCGGUGUGGCAAGAGGAGACGUCCGCUGCGAUACUGUGCUCGGAUGCUCCUGACAAGUUGAGCGAGGGGCAAGAGUUUCAUAGGGAGAAGUGGCACCAGUUACUGCAGCAAAGCGAAGUCCUGGGACCGGCUUGGUCGUCGAUCACGCAACAUUGCGCGGCCUGGAAUGUCCGUCCGAAGGAUCCUUCGCCGGCUAGGUGGGCAAACGGUACUGAUGAGAAUGGGAAUAUCAUAGGCAUUGGAGCGAAGAAGACGAGCACGCCGCUAUUGUUCAUCGGGAACUCGAGAGAUCCCGUGACGCCGCUCCGCAAUGCUGUUAAGAUGUCAACACGCUUCCCCGGUAGUGCUGUUCUGCAACAGGAAGGCGAGGGACAUUGCUCGUUGGCAGAGAUGAGUCUCUGUACCGCGGAGAUUGUCAGGAACUAUUUCCGGAAAGGAGCAGUGCCACCCCAUGGAACGGUCUGCAACAUUGAUGGGAAUGUUUUCCACAGGGACGCUGUGCGAGAAACCGAACAGAUAGGAAGGGAACAUCGUGAACUACGUACGGCGCUCAGACGGUUAAGUAAGCUGCCACGGAAGUCGUGGCUGGGAAUCUAGCCUCAUCAUUCGUUUGGUGUGAUCAGAAAUGAGAGUUCUAACUAUUGAUUUGUCCAACUAUAGUCUGUCGUCAGAUAGAAAGC